AUACUAGUCUGUGGUGUCAUUCGGUUCGGUCAAUUAAUUUGUUGAUGAAUAUUGUAGAUUUUAAUUUUGAUCAAUAUUUUAGAAAGUUUUUGUUAAUACCCUGCUACUAUAAAUAGUCGUUUUAUAUUAGCGACUUGAAUAAUAAGUAUAGUGGAAAUAUUUAAAAAAGUGUUGUUUACAUUGCGCGAAACAGAAAGCCAUUUGUGGACGUCACGUAUUUGCAACAAUAAACUUUAUUAUCUGAAGGAUGGAGGCUUCGUAUCAAGGAGGUGUGUCAUAUGAAGAAACCAACAACUUUCAACGAUUAUCCCAAACAAUAGCAAGUAAUAUCAAGAAAAUUUCUCAGAAUGUCUCAUCGAUGUCAAAGAUGGUCAAUCAACUUCAAACACCUCAAGAUUCACAGGAACUUAGGAAUCAGUUGCGCCAAAUCCAAAACUACACACAAAAGUUGGCUAAAGACACAUCUUCAUUGCUAAUGGAACUCAUGAAGCUGCCCGUGGACCAACCUGCUCAGAAACUUCAACGUGAUCGCCUCAGUGAUGAGUAUUUAAGCACCCUCAAUGCAUUCCAGUCCACUCAAAGGUCGGCGGCCCAGAAGUCGAAGGAAGAUGUGAGGAAAGUCAAGGCCCAAAACAUCAAUAUCGGCGACCCGUUCGCAAUGAACGCCAACAACAAAGAACUCUUGGAGAUGGGUGAUACGAACGUCCGCAAGCAAGAACAACUCACGAUGCAGUCGGAGCGAGAGCUUCUCGAGCUGGAGGAACGGGAGAGGGAUAUCAGACAAUUGGAGAGCGAUAUUUUGGACGUGAAUCAGAUAUUCAAGGACUUGGGUACUAUGAUCCACGAUCAAGGCGCGGUCGUUGAUUCCAUCGAGUCUAACGUGGAAUACGCAGUGCAGAACGUCGAGAGCGGCACUCAAGAACUAAGGCAGGCGGUGAACUACAAGAACAAGCUGAGGAAGAAGAAAGUGUACAUAGCUAUUAUUCUUAUUAUAAUCAUAUCCAUUUUGUUAAUAGUCAUUUUUCAUCGUUGAGAAUAUGUUAAAUGAUCGUAAUGGGAAAUUAUAUUAAUAUAUAUUUCAUAUAUUUUACACUUGUAAAUAAGAUAUCUAUCACAUAUAUGCAUAGCAUUUUAAUAGUAAUAAGUGAUUUCUACUUAUCAUGCAUCCAUAUAUUAGGCUGAAUCAACACUAAGGCGAUAUUACUUGUGAAAAUUCUUGAUUACUACGAAAUAACACAUUUGUAGAGGUUAUGCCUACCGUGAAACUAAUUUACUUUUAAAUUAAGCUGGUGUAGGUUUUUCAUUAAAUAUUGUCUACAUAUUGGAUAGUUGUAAUUAAUAUGUUGUGGUUAUAAUAUUGCAUAUAUUGUUAUAGAAUACAAUAUACACAAUUGUAGGACUUGCUCUAUUAACAAGCAAAAUGUUUGUACACGGUGCAUGAAAUAGUUUGAUACAUUUACUAGACACGAAUUGCAUGAUUUAAGAUACAAGCAUGGCAACAUUGCUGUAUCGUAAAAGGAAUUGUUGGUCUAUGUAUUGAUAGCAUAAGUGUUGAACUGCAAAGAAGGAACUAUAAAGAAAUUUUUUUAAAAUAAAAAAUAUUAUUGAAAUAUAAAGCAUUAGUGUUUUAAAAUUAUUUUAUUUAUUACGUUAUUUGUGUACUCUAGGGGUAAACAAGACACCAUUUUAAACCCCCCCCCCCCCCUCUGAUAACAGACUAAGGAUGAAACAUUCAAUGGUCCCCAGAAUACAACAAUACGUGCUUUAUAUUAAAUAAGCGUAAAUUCGACAUUAAUAUCUAAAUACGCUAUAAUGUAGGUUUGUUAGUAUUAAUACUAUUUACUUCUAAGUCAUUGUACACAUUGUUAUUUAAAUGUCCGUGUGAUAUUGUCAGUAAACUUUACAUAAGGUUAUGAAAAAGACUUAGCAUGUUGUGAGAAAUUCUUCUUACCUUUAAAACUAAAAUCUGCGUUUACUUUUUCUAUUAGUAAAUAAUUGUCAGCCAAGUGGCAUGAUAUUCUUCUCUGAAAUAGGUUUUUUCGGUGUUAGUCAAGAGUUGUUCUGUAAGGAUAAAUUUACGUCGCUUAUAGAACUCCUUGAUAUUAAUUCUUGUAAAUUAAAAAAGUAUGAUAUUUUAUAACAGCUUAACAUAAUAGGUUCCUCAUUUACUCUCAACAAGCGUGCUGUAUUUUCGAUACAAGUCUAGAAGUAAACUUUGAAGUCCAUUGUAGUCCUUUUUGGAUAGCUUUUUCCUCAUAUGUAGCCGAAAGUGACUUGUAUCGAUCCUUCUCUAGCCCCGUUCUUGUACAACCCUGUCCUUCUCGUGGAACGUAUGAUUACAAGUGCUUGUCCUAUUAAUUCCCAUGAUAUUGAAUAAUGUAUAUUAUGUAAUUAAAUAUAAUAUAAAUUGAAUACUCAAUUGUUGACACAUAGGUGACUAUAUUAAGCGCGUACUAGCGUAUCCGAUAUUCCGAUAUAAUAGUUUUCUCCUCCCUCUUCAAGUAGCAUAGCUGAACUCUACCUCUUAUCCUCCUCGUUCCACUUUGCUCGCUAUAGUUUGUUAUUAGCAUAAUUCUUACGGUCGUAUUAUAUCGUAUUAAUUGUGAAUAUGACAGACAGUGACAGGAAACUUAAAAUAUAUUUAAAAAAAAAAAACGUAUAAAUAUCUAUGCAACUUUCACUGUAUUCUUUUAAGUAGUAGCUAAACAUUUUUAUACUGUAUUCAAUCGCCUCAGGAUUAUUUCAGACUGGUUGCACAAAAAGGGCGCUGAAUGUGUAUUGAAAUAUGGACUUUAUGUCAGUAAAACACUUGAUCUAAUAUCCUAUGAUGCCUUAGUUUGAUAAAAAUAUCUGCCAGAUGUUCGUUUUGAAUAACUUGCAACUGCAUAUUAUAUUAUGGAAACCAUGGAUAAGAUUCAUUUUACAAUGCGCAAUACACUUAUACGCAAUACGCUUCGUCCGCCACGUGCGUUCUGUCUGAAAUACGCUUUAACUUAAAGUUCAAUAUAUUAAAGCCUGGUGUACAUGAAUGUUGUUGAAUUAUAGUGAUUUUUUUUUAUAAAUUAAUCAAUGUAAUAAUAAUAAUAACAAUACAAAUGUAAAAUUCUUAUAAUUUUAUUACAAAAGUUACUUUAUACGAUUAAUGUCAUUAAGCUCUUUAAGCACAAGACUCAAUAAACCAUGUUUUGUAAGAGAAGAAUCAGUAAGGCCUAGUGUUCUAUCGAUACGCGUGUACGAAGUGUAGUUAAUAUAGCUAAUGAUUCGUUAUCAUAGCACAACCAACAAAAUGACGGUAAAUAUCCAAAACGCAAUAAAUAUUUAAUCAAAAUUGGGUACAACUUUUUUCACUAUAUCAUGGUGUCAAUGAGUUUAUGAAGUAGUGGGAUCGCAUCUUCAUUCUUCUUCAUCGGCUCGUAGAAGUCAAUUGGACAUGUUGUAGGUAGGAUUUACCUUAGUCUUGAGCUUAGUAGGAUCAUUGACGAUCGAAUUAUAAGACAUAUCGCAUCUUAGGUACUUACCAUCGCCCGUCUCCGUGUUUUACGUCAGGAGUAAACGAGCUGUUCCCUUUGCCUCGUAAGGCUUUAUGCGCUGCCAUACCGUUCAUCAGAUUGUGCUAAAACUGUCAACUUAUGGCUUACAUGCCUACAUUACAUGCCUGGACUACCAAAUAAUAAGCCAUUAAGUAUUGUCAAGUUAUAUGGAGCAACUUGCUCAAUACAUAAUGUAUUUGACCUAAAUGCAGUUUAAUGAAUCCCUCUUCAAAGCCCAUGAAGUUACAUCAAAUAGAGAAGCUUCCUUAAAUUCCUCGACCCAUAGAUUCUAAUUUUCUUUUAACAUACACAAACACUUGUUUUGUGUAUUUAUUCUAUCUAAUAUUUAAUUUAGAUUUUACUUAUAACAUAAAACUUUAAUACGUUGUCACUUUAAACAUACUAAUGAGGUUCUCAGACCUGUGUUUGUUAUUUGUUUUAGGUAAUUCAACACAAAUUAUAAAUUUUCUAAAAUUCUAAGCGGAAAAUUAAACUCUUGUAAUACAUACAUAAUAUAUAGAAGAGAAAUACAAUAAUUUGAAAUAUUAAAAUUUGGCUAACCUGCAUGAUAUUAUCCAUAUUAUGAUACGAAUAUAAUGUAUAUCCAUAUAAUCCAUUUAUCCAUACACUUGUGCAUCUAUGAGACAAUAUUUUAUUGUAUUGUAAUGUAAACAAACAAGUUAAACUUUUUAAUUUUGCUACCAAAAAGUUAUUUAACCAUCACAGACUUUAUUCCUACAUUAGUGAUGAAACUCUGUUUUCACUCGAGUGAAUCGAGUGAAUUUGUUUAAUCGAGUGAAAAUUAAUUUUACUCGAGCCCGCUUACACUAGAGUUACCGAGCCAACUCGACGCACCGUGUACAUUCGGAGAGCAAUAGAUUAGUGUUACUUCACUAAUUCACUUGUAGUUUAUGUUGUUGGGGGCGACGUCUUAGGUUAGCAGUGUCUGUCUACAAUUUAGUGAUGUACUCGACUUACUAAUUCGAGCAAUUUAUUGAUAUAUCAUGUAAUGUCAAUAAACUGAUUAAGUAUAAU